GCCAGAAGUGUCCUCGCCCAAGUCCUCUUACGCCGUGCUCUGGACGUCGUUCAAACGGGCGACAGGCGUCAAGUUUGUGAUGACGUAGCGGCGUCAAAGCGGGCAGAGCCGAGACGAAUUGCGAACCCGGCGGGGUGAGGUUCCGGCUUAGAAACGCCGACAGGAACCGACGGGAUGUCGGGGAAGGAGACAGCGUCUGUGCACAGCUCCGACGACGAAUCGGACUGUGACACUGAAGCUUCAAAGAGCAAGAAGCCACCAGACAAAAUCUUGGUUUUGCUAGCUGUGCCGUGCUCUCAAAUAACCAACGACCUCAUCAGCUUCCUGCGAGUGAUGUGCAUCACCUGCGAGGAACAGAUCAAUUAUUUCGACUUUAAGAAGGUGCUCAUCCACAAGCACCUGAAGAUCAUUUUCUGCAGGAACUGCUACGAGAGGUACGGAGACGACAACUUCCAGAAGGACUCCAGCGGUGCCGACGAGGACUGCCGGGGGUGCGCGGAGGGAGGGAGCCUUGUGGUCUCGGACUCGUGCAGCCGCGGCUUCUGCAAGUCGUGCAUCCGACGCAACCUGUUCCGCAAGCAACUGAGCUGCACCACAUCCCUGGACGUAUGGAACGGCUACGUCUCCGACGCGUCUCCGAACGAGAACCUCGUUAACAGCGCCGACAUAACACGCGAGUUCAGCAAGAAUCAUCAUCAUCUGCAGCAGCAGCGGCCUUCGAACCAACUGGCGUCCGCGGCCGACUCGCCCGGCGACACGGUUAGCGAGGACGUGCAGCUGAGGAUGAUAGCGGAGACGAUGUCGCAAAUUCAGCGGGCGCUGGACGAAUUCAGCAAGGCAAAAGAGGGGAAGGGCGCUGACUCCGAAGUCCUCGUGAAGACAGCCGAGCUGAUGCACGCCAAUGCCCUGACUCUGGCCAGGAUAACAGAAGACUUGGACCGUUUACAGCGGCGGCAGAAGCAACUGCAGCGUAUGAACCGCACAAGGACGGCGGACAAGAAGAGGACUUUGAAAAAGAAGACAGAGGGCAAGGGUAAGGGCAAGACGGAAGAGGAUGGGCAAGGAGGCGAGGAUGCGUCCGAUCCCGUGGGCGACGCGAGCACGUCUGAGAUCGCGGACGAGAGUUUGGGCGUCGCUGUGGAGGCCCGACAGGAAGAAGUGAAGGAAGACGAACAGGCAGGAAAGGACAAGACGAAAAAAAAUGUUGCGAAGAAAGAGGACGGAGAUGGCAAGGACAUAGCGUGCAGGGAGCCUUCCGCAGCAGGCGAAACCCCGACAAUCGUGCUGGACCUCCCCGAAGCGCCGAGUCUCGGCGACGAGUUUCCGCCGGUUGCCGCAGCAGACGGCGAGGACUUCGUGGUGAAGUGGCAAUUGCCUCUAGAUGAGCUGAUCCGGCAGUUUAUUCCCGACGAGUCUGGGCCACGGACGACUCGCGUCGAAGUAGAGCUCAGUCCGAGCCACGACGAAGCGUCCGCCAGCCGGAAUACUGCCGCCGCGGACGAAUCGACUGCGGAGGUGGGUGGUGCCAAGACGCGGAACUUUUGCGACCCCGACACGGACAGCAUCGCUUCGUCGGCAAAGGGUGACAGCCUUUGCGAUCUGCCGAUUGAUAGCAACAAGAGCUCGUGGGAAGAAAACGAGCCGUUUACGGCACAGACGAAUGACGAGCAGCGCAAGAAGCGUUCUCCGCUCAGCAAGAACCAGAAGGCCCGCCAGGCCCUAAUGCGCAGCUUGCGGUACUCUGGGGACGGUCCCAGUGACGAGGACAGCGAGGACGACUUGCCGCUGAGAUCGGGGCGGAUCCAAAAGACGACUCCGACUCGGCGGCGGAAAAAGUGGAGCCCCAAGAAGAAGGCGCAGGAAGCAGGAUCGGAUCCGCCGACCCCGGCACUCUCGGGCUCCUCUACCCCAGCGCCGGUCGGGGUGGAUCCGCCGGGACCCGACGACCCCAAGCUGAGACUGGUGCCGGUCGUCGUGUUGCGGAAGCUGCCGAUCUUUUGGGACACAUGGGCGGAGCAAAAAAAGAGAAAGAGCGAAAACGACAUCUCGAGACUCCUCAGGUUUCCGCAGCCAGCCCGUAAGCGCGACAGGACGCCGAGAAAGCCGGAGGAGGCGAAGGCAGUGGUGGCUAAGUCCAAGAACGCCGACACUCAAGGCAUCCAAGCCAGCGGGUUACUCAAUAUGGAACGUACUGGUGCAGCUCGUAAGAUGUGCCACAAACAAGGGAACUUUGGUUCUGUGUGCAGUUGCGGUGCAUGGUUCAUGGGUGCCAAUGCAGAAAGCAUUGACAAGAUCCUAGAACGGCGCCACGUCUGUGCUGUCAUUCGAUGGAACAACACCGAGUGUUUUGAAGUGAUGCAACUUGCACUGUACGGAUGUUCGGACAAGUGCCAACAGGCACCAUGUUUGGCAAAGUGGUUGUGGCUGGUGAAGUCCCACCAGGGCUAA